AUGAGGCGAGGAAAAGCAGCAACGGCGGCGGCGAGGGCGGAAGCGAUCGGAUCAGGAUCUGUGAAAAACCCAGAAAAGGAGCCGCGAUAUAGAGGCGUUCGACGCCGGCCAUGGGGUCGAUUCGCCGCCGAGAUCAGAGACCCGUGGAAGAAGGCCCGAGUCUGGCUAGGCACCUUCGAUUCCGCCGAGGAUGCUGCACGCGCCUACGACGACGCCGCACGGUCCCUCCGCGGCCCAAAGGCGAAAACUAAUUUCCCCCAAUUUCCUCUCUCUGUUCAGGAUUUUCAGAACGGUGAGAAUAAUCAACACAAAGAUCAUCAUGAUUUUCAGAUGUUUGAACAGUAUCGUCAUUCAGGAAUUACGUCGAGCAGUUUGAGUUCGACUCUGGAAUCGUCUAGUGGUCCCAGACCCUCGAACCGACCACCGUCCCGGGUAAGAAUCCACCAACGGUUAAAGCCACCGGUUCCGCCGGAUGAUUGCCACAGCGAUUGUGACUCAUCAUCUUCCGUGAUUGACGAUUGGACCGCGUAUCAAACCUCAUCGUCGUUUCACAAACCUUUAUUACCCUUUGAUCUGAACCAGCCUCCGCCACUGGAUGACAUUAACAUUGCUGAAGCUGAUGAUUUCCACGCCACUGCUUUAUGCCUAUGA